AUGACGCUCGGAGCGCUCACCUCGCGCUCUUGGGAGAGCCAAGCACACAGGUAUCUUGAAUCAUUAGACCCGUUUUCGUACGACGAACCCUUAGAGGAACGAGAUAUCCGCCUUGUGCAGCUCCUCGAUGCAGAAGCCGGGAGGCCCAUUCAAUGCAAGCUCGUCCGCGGUUCUCUGGACAGCGAUGUCAACUAUCAAGCGCUCUCAUACGUCUGGGGAGAUCCUGGAAAGAGAAGGAGUAUUGCUUUCAAUGAUCGACGCCUUGGGGUGACAGCCGGGCUACAUGAUGCUCUCCUUCAGCUACGCGCAAACAAUGGAAUAAGGGAGAACUCUCUUAUGUGGAUCGAUGCGAUCUGCAUUGAUCAAAGCAGUGUUACGGAAAAGAAUUCCCAGGUCAGGAUGAUGAUGGAGAUCUAUUCCCACGCCAGUUAUACAAUCAUCUGGCUGGGGAAAAGGUUCGGACUUUUAGAUGGGGACGUGAUUAAGGGUGUUCGGCUGCUGCAUAAGAUCGGUCUUGCUAUUGUCGGAGUCGAAUCGGUCCAGGAAUGUGCAGAGAUUGCUGACCGAGUGAUCAAUGAAGGGAACGAGAAUCCAGAUCAAAACUCGUUAGAGAUCUGGAAGGUCUUUAUGAGAGACUGGUUCGGAAGGAUUUGGGUUGUUCAAGAGUUUGUGGCAUCCUCCUCAUGCCUGGUAUAUAUCGGACCUAUUAUUGUGUCAUCGGUCAUAAUAUUUCAUGUUGCCACCAAUUUACGCUACUCCCGCGAAUGGAUCAUUUCGCCAUUAUCCACACAACUGAGUCGUCGCAAUCCUGCAGUCCUCAAUUCUGGCCUUUUCUGGAGGCUGAAAGCUCAAUAUCAAUCACCACAGAGAAUGAAGCUUCAUGAGAUAGUAGUUGAAACUGCCACUUUCGAUGCUACCAUCCCGGUUGAUAGUAUUUUUGCCUUGGUUGGUUUAGCAUGCGAUGUGGGACCCGAUUUCAUCGACUACUCUCUUGACAUACGAACUGUCCACAUCAAUAUUGCAAGAAAUGCCCUAACGUCGUUCGAAAAAGGGGAUCUUUCAGCAUUUGACUUCUUAACGUACGUCAGAGGCGAUUUAGACUGUGAGGAGACUUCGACCUUCAAGCUUCCAUCCUGGGCGCCAAAUCUUCGACGAUUUGAUCGUUUUGACCUGGAGAAAUCUUUGACUUUUUGGCCACUUGCCAAGGACUUUCCUUCCUCCGUAGGUUCACCACUUCCUGGUGCGUUCACAGUGACAUUUGGAUCCGACGAUAGCCUUCAAGUGAAGGCUGUGUUCCUCGACAGAGUGGCGACGGUUCUCGAUACCAUUGUCCAUAAAGCGUUAGUUGGCACUAGUACAGAUCCUGAAAUAUUGGAGGAAUACGCUCGUGGACUUCAGAUCUGGGAGGCGAAAGCUCACAGCCUUGCCAUAUCUCUGAAGCAAUAUCCUACAAACGAAAGUAUCUCUACCGUCUACCCUAAAACUCUCUCGUUCGAUUACCUAGCACGAAGGAAUCCUACGUCCAAUAUCGGAGAACUAGCGGCUAGCUACGCAACAGACUACGCUUUUUUCCAAGAGACACUAGAAACUAUUGUCAGGCCUCAAACCAGCCAAAGAAAUCGACAAGGCACCCAAAAUCCGGACGACAUGGCCUUGGAAUCUCGCGCCAAGACUGUCCACGUUCCUUCCCGUGGCUUUCUAGACACCUUUGACUCUUGCUCUGUGGGGCGUUGCUUCUCCACAACCGAGAAUGGAUAUUUGGGAUGGGUCCCAGAGGGCGCACAAGCGGGCGACGAUAUUUGUGUGUUCCCUUGGAGCCUGACACCGUUCGCUGUGCGUCGACAAGACAUGGGGUAUCGGUUGGUUGGGGCUUGUUAUAUAGAGCCUAUCAUGAAAACCGAAAACUUUCGUAUCCUGUAUAGGAAGGCAAGAGAGAUUAAGAUAUACUAA